UCUGCUGCUGGGCAAUAAUAAUAAUAAAGAGGCAGGAGGGAGAACAACAGGGGAGCAGGGGCAGAGAGAGGUGCGCGACACAAGAAGAGAGAGACUUAUUUAGAGCCAGGCAUCAAGUCUCCUGGUCUCCUACAUGUCAGUCUCCUGGCCUGCCUCUCAUUAGGUACUCCGUAGCUGCCGUUCGUUGGCCCUACGCAUCUGGCGCCUGUCAAAUGCCCAUUACCACUACCCUCCCCUACGCCAUCUAAACCGAUGUCUGUCUGUCUGUCUGUCUGACUGACCUCCAGGCUGAGCAUCUGCGACCUGCGACCUGCGACCUGCCCGCACACCCACACCCACACCCACCCACACACUGAGUGGCUGCACGCUGCACGUUCAACCUCACACUCGCACCCGCUCUCACGUCCACGCUUACAACUCACGGCCCUCUUUCUGCCUGCCUUGCCGUGCUCGCGGUACGCUCUGCUGCAUAUCACCAGCCCGACCAGCCCGACCAGCCUGAGGGUGGCCGACAGUGUCACCUCCGCCUUCGCCUUUGUCUCCGCGCGCCAUUUCGCAACAGUGAUUUGAUUGUACCGCACAAUCCCGUCAUGCAGCGCGCCGAGUAACCCACCCCAUCUGUCAGCGACCCUGCGACCCUGGGCCCCAACUCCAAAGCCUUGUUCAAGCUCUCGCGCCGCCACCUGCGCGGUUCCUUUUAUGUCGCCGCCGGACCGCACUGGUCCACACGCUACACUGCACUUGUGCCUCCCUCGGCACUGGUACUGGUGCUCUGAUCCCGCAGCUGUCUCGUGGGCACAGCUCCCGAUUUUGAAGACCUUGACUCUUGUGUAAUCAUCGUCUCAUACGCGCGCCGUCAACCACAUCCCAGACACUGACUGAACCCCCCACCCACCUCGCCCGCUCCCAACACGACGCUCUCACACUCCCGCACGAGACGAUACACAUUUGGGCCCUCCACUUGCCUCCCUCCUAGCCAGCCAUCGUCUCUUGCCACCGGCCUCGUCCUUCCGUGCAUUACUCCGACUGCGACGGCCGCCUUGGUCGCCAGAACUCCUGCGCCGAGGGUCGAGGGCAUCCACCAUGGCCUCGUUCACAAGAACGCCCAACGGCUCGGUGCCUCCCAGCUACGCUCACCAGCUGCCAGCCCCCUCUCAUCAGCACGGCAGCAGCUACCACCGGCCACAGCCGCUGCCGUCAAUGGCACCUCCGAGCAACGGCAGUCCCUCGUACGGUGGCGCGCCCGGCUACAGUCAGCCGCAACAAUCUUAUCAACAUCACCCAUCGCCCUACCAAAACCAGCCGCCUCACCACCAGCAGCAACAGCCACAGCAAAACCAGCAACAGCCUCCCCAGCAUCAACAGCAGCCAUACCAGCAGCCACCCCCGCCAUCUGCUCACCAGCACCAGCACCAGCACCAGCAGCAACAGAACGCCCACUCGAGCCCCGCCUCCACCUCACCUAUCCAGCAGCAACCCCCGCCCACGGCUGGCGAGGUGGGCACCACCAGGUUAGAGGCCGUUUCCACAGUGGUUGGAAACCGCAGAUAUGCUCUCGAGGUGGAACAACAACCCAUCCGCGCCCGCAUGUGUGGCUUCGGUGACAAGGACCGGAGACCACUUACACCACCACCAGCUCUCAGACUGGUCGUCACAGAUGUCCAAACCGGCCGAGAGGUCGAUGUCAACUCCAUCGACUUCGCGCAAUAUGUUGUGACCGUCGACCUCUGGGACGAAUCAGGCACGCGGGAGGUGAACCUUGUCAGAAGUACGACCGCCACUCCUGCGAUAUCAUCCACGAUCCACGAGUCUUUCAACAACAUUGAGACCAUGCCGUACCGGGCGGCAGCUAACAUCGCCCCUUAUCCCGCCCCUCAUCCCAGCCAAAUGACUCUGUACAGCCAGCAGCACCAAACACCCGUCAACCCCUAUGCUCCUAACCAGUAUAACCCAGUGCAAUCUUAUCAGCAGCCACCCGCAUCUAAUGGAUUCGGCCAGCCCGGCUACGGGUAUUCUAAUGAGUUUGCACCCAUGUACCGGCCUCCUCAGGUCUUCGAGCCUGGUAUGGGUGGCGGCCAAAGAUUAUCGAUUGGAGGAGCGCCUGGCUCGAGCAUUCAGGGCAUGUUUACCAGGAACCUGAUCGGGAACUGUGCGGGCAGCGCCUUUAGGCUACACGACACCAAGGAAAGAAUUGGAAUCUGGUUCGUCAUGCAGGACUUGAGUGUCAGGACCGAGGGCUCCUUCAGGCUCCGAUUCUCCUUUGUCGACGUCAAACCGACGGCCAACCAAAAGGACGAUGUCCCUGUGAAGAGUGGCAGGGCGCCGAUCUUGGCUUCAGUGUUCAGCGACGUCUUCCAGGUGUACUCGGCCAAGAAAUUUCCAGGUGUAUGUGACAGCACGGAUCUCAGCAAGUGUUUCGCGACCCAGGGUAUCAAGAUUCCAAUCAGGAAGGAAGGUGGCAAAGGGGGUGGAGGUGAUGACGACGACGACGACGAGUAGUCGUCGCCCGCAUCACCCACCUAGUCGUCCCAGAAAGGGGUAUUAGCCCCUCAAGAGAGUUCUGUAUCAGUCCUUAGAUACUGUGCCGAGACCGAGAGGGCGGCUCACUUGUCUUGGUCUACCCUCUCUCGGUCUUGUCCCAGUUCUAGGAUCUGGUCUCGGGGCGCUCGAAAGAUCCUCACCAACUUACCAACUGGAUACCAUUAAUGUGAGAGCUCUACGCCGAUUUGCAUCAACCUUUGUCCGAAUUCCACCAGGGCGAUAGGCUCUAUCUACCCUUGCACGGGGCGGAUUCGACCACCCGAAUGCUGGGUACAUGCGUGCUGGUCUCUUGGAGUGUAAGCACCUGUUUUCGGUGCAAGGAUUGGCGAAGAAAAUCGGGAAACAUUUUGCAUUGCUCUAGGAGUCAUUGGAGACAGUCAGCUAAAUUUCAACGCUAAUCUUCAACAAUGCUCUGUCUCGGUACGGACGAGACGUGCGGCUGCUACAAGUCUCCAAACACAGUUGAUGGCUUUAGGGACGAGUGAUGCCGGCAUCUUGGCCGUUUUCUAUGAAGCCAAUCUCAGGAGACCAAGCGGCUUAGGCUGAUCCACGGUUCCAAGAGGGAAUGAAUCAGCGUGAAUGUAAGAGAAGACACAAGCAGCGAUUAGCACAGUGUCAAUUAAUAUAGACGUCAUGUGAUGCGAUUCCGUCCUUGGGAUAGGCCAUGGAGUAUUAUAGAGAGAAAUACUUGGGAAUAAGAGAGUUCUUUUGCACACCUG